AUGGCUUGCUCGCUGAAUGGCCAUGCGCCAAAGUCUCAACUCUCCGUCCAACGCCGCAUCGAACACCACGAGGCCGAUGUGGUAAUCGUGGGCGCGGGGAUCUUGGGCUGCGCGCUUGCGGUUGCGCUGGGACGACAAGGUCGCAGUGUGUUUUUGCUGGAACAGUCUAUGAAAGAGCCCGAUCGCAUUGUCGGUGAAUUGCUUCAACCAGGAGGCGUGCUGGCCCUGGAACGCCUGGGUCUGCGCGAUUGCCUCGACGGCAUCGACGCCAUCGAUGUGGACAGCUACUACGUCUCAUACUUUGGCGAGCCCGUGAAAUUGUACUAUCCCAAAGAGACCCCCUCCUCGCCUCGACCGAUCGGAAAGUCCUUUCACCACGGUCGGUUUGUCAUGAAGCUGCGCCAUGCCGCAUUGGCGUGCCCCAAUGUGAAGAUCGUGGAGACCAAGGCGACGGGGUUGGUGACUUCCUCUCAGGGGCAGGUGCUCGGCGUGGAAUGUCUCACCGGAAAUGCGAAGGAUUGCUACUUUGGCCAGUUGAACGUGGUCGCCGAUGGCUACGCGUCCAAGUUCCGCAAGGCACACCACCCACACUCACCCCGGGCUCGGUCCAAGUUCUGGGGUCUGGAGCUGAUCGAUGCCAAAUUGCCCUCACCCAAUUCCGGCCACGUCCUCCUGAGCGACAAACCGCCCGUCCUCAUCUAUCAGAUCGGUACCCACGAAACACGAAUCCUGGUCGAUAUCCCCGAAAACCUCCCCUCGGCCUCGGUGAAGAACGGUGGCGUCAAGAGCCACCUUCGAAAUGUUGUUCUACCCUCUCUACCCGACAGUGUCAGACCGUCCUUCGAGGCGGCUCUCGAUCAGGGCCAUCUACGCUCCAUGCCCAAUUCUUUCUUGCCUGCUUCCACAAAUAAGACGCCAGGCUUGUUGAUUGUCGGAGAUGCGCUGAACAUGCGACACCCUCUGACCGGCGGUGGCAUGACGGUGGCUCUCAACGACGUUUGCUGGAUCCGCGAACUCUUGAGUCCCGAAGCGGUCCCCAAUCUGGGCGACACGUCACAUGUACUCAAGCAACUGUCACGCUUUCACUGGAUGCGCAAGAACUCUUCAUCCGUCAUCAAUAUCCUUGCUCAAGCGCUAUACCAACUUUUUGCCGCCAAUGGUAAAUAUCCCACCUCAUCUUCUGACAUACAUUCUCUCUUUUUCACCCUUCAACCAUCUCCCGAAAACUCCCGCCUUGUCCUUUUUUGUCCUCAACUAACUUCGACUUCAGACACCAAUCUCCUCGCUCUCCAACGAGGCUGCUUUCGCUACUUCCAAAUCGGUCCCGUUGACGGACCAGUCGGUCUCCUUGCAGGCCUGAUCAAGCAACCCUUUGUACUUUUCCGCCACUUCUUUACCGUCGCAUUGCUCUCCAUCUGGGUGCUUUUCCGAGAAACUCCGCUUACGAAAAUGAUCAUGUUCCCCGUACGAUCCCUGAUGGUCUUCUGGACUGCCUGCGUGGUCAUCUUCCCCUUCAUAUUCGCCGAAUUUCGAACAUAG